AUGGCCGAUCUGCUCGACCCAUCCGCACUGCUGCACGUGCUGCAGCAGCUGCUCCCUCCCGCCGCCGGCUCCGAACCGCAGCUGCGCAGUCCAUCGGAUGCCCUCGCCGCCAUGGUGCACACAGUGAUGACGCGGCUCGACUUCCGCCUCACCGGUCUGUCCGAAGACGACCGUAUCGCUAGCGCUUCGUCGUUCGAAGGCGCAGAUGCCAGCGUGGCGGCCAACAAGCUGCCUGGCGAAUGGAACGCCAAGGGACCGGACCACUACUGCUUCCGAUACAAACAUCACCAGUCGUCGCUCGACUACAUGGUCAAGCUCGUCAAGCUCGGCGGACGCGUCGUCGUGCAUGGCAUCGCGCUGCAGGGAUCCAAGACGAGCACGCUCGAGAUCGUGCUGGCCGACUACUUUUCCGCGUCCUUCUUUCCGUACCCGCCACCACAGGGAGACGCCGAGCCGCUCGUGAAUGGAUUCAUCGGCUCGGCGAGGAUCAAGGAUCUCGUGAUUGCGUACAAGACGCAGGUGCUGCAGACGCUUGUGCCUGGUCUGCGAAAGGAUGGAUAUACGGAGGAAACGACCGACAACAACUCAAGCGCAAGUACAAGGGAGGGAGACUCGCGGGGAGCAUCGUCGUCGCAACCACAGCGUCCGUACCCAGGCUCGGCACCGCCUCCGCGUGCGCCGUUUGCAGGCGACGAAGACGACCCGUCCCAGCCAGCGGGCAUGUUUCCCGGUCGCAACCCCAUGACGAUCGGCGAUAGGGAUCUGGAUCCGCUCGGUGGAUCUCCGCUGCGUCUUCCGCCGCGAUUUGGAGGUGGAAGUGCGGGCGGGUUUGCGCCGCCACCGCUGUUCCCCGGCGGCGAUUCGGGCGGCGGGAUGUACGUCGGACCGGACCACCCCAUGUUCCGAAACCGAUUCCCACCGCCCGGUGCACAGGGUCUGCCGCCUGGCGCUGUGCCGCCCGGAGCGCGUUUCGACCCCAUCUUCCCUAAUGAGCCAGAUGUGGGCGGUGCGAGACCCCAGCAUCCCCCGCGCCACGGCGAUCCAGAUUGGGACGACCUCGCCCCUCCGCGUCCGGAGAAUCCGUUCCCCAACAGGCCGAGGCAGGGUGGCGGCCCCGGCCCAGACACGCGCGGAUGGUACGCCUAA